ACACGACUUCAACCCAACACUAAAGAAACUGGACAAGCCACCUUGUCCCGACGACCGCCUUUGUCCGUCACGGACGCUCCACCAGCCAACGAACGGCUAUCUCGCCCAUUAAAAGAGGAUUGAAAGAAUAGGGCGGCAUUGUCCUCCCAUCCCAGGCGCAGCGCAUCGCCUCCCGCUAUCGAACCUAGGGUAGCGUUCCGCCACCACUUAUGACGGAUUCCCUCGGGUCCUUUUGGAGAAGGAUUGAAAGGUGAUCUGGACAAGUCGUCCAUUGAUCGCCGGGGUUUCUUUUCCCAGAAUGGCCGUGGUUCUCCCGACAGAAGACGACAGUUAUUUCUCGCCGUCUUUGCGCCGCUCCCAUUCACAACCAAAAUUUGGGACGAGGCGUUCGGGUUUCCACACUUCAGCGUCAACUUCUCGACUUGGCGAUCCGUAUCCCCAACCCUCGCCAGCGUCAACACUUUCCUCGGCGCCGUCGUCCCCGCAGACCACGAUUAUCGAAUCCGCGUACUUAUCCGACUCGUCAACGCCAGCCACAAACUUCUCUUUAGCCUCGGACUGCGACGAGCCAUCUGCGACGCCGGACGAAGUCUUUCUUCAACAAGGCAAUGACGGGGGCUACUUUGGCAGGCUAGGGAACCAGGAACCUCCGUCGAGUCCGCGGAUCGGCGACUCGGACGGCUUUUCGAUUGAAGGAUACAAUGAAUCCGCUGCGACAUCGAGACCCGGUAGCCCAGACUGCCUCGAGAGAGCCGAGGACGACAUCGCAGUACGGGCACAGCCUUCCCGGCAUGUCGACUAUUUGUCGCAUGACUGGCGCGAGGAGGAUAUCUGGUCGUCGUGGAAGCUGAUCGUGUCAAGGAGAGGCGAUUACAACAAUUCCGCACGGUUGGAAAACGCGUCUUGGAGGACAUGGAUGAAAGCCAAAAACAACCUGGACACGGUCUCGGCCGAGACUCUGAAUUGGCUCAAGGACUAUGACGUAACAUGGCUUUAUGGACCGUUACAGACAGGCACAUCUACGAUGAACCGCACAUCUACCAACUCUACUAGCGCCAGGCUGUCCAAGUCGAACUCAUUCAUCAACAAGAAACCCAUCUUGAAGAAGAGAAGCAUGUCGGAAAUCAUGCUCCAGAGGUCCCUUUCGACUUCGUCUCUCGUGAAGCAGGCAGCCGCAGCGGUGCAGGCCCAGCAGAAGGGGGGGAUCAAGAGGAUAGGCAGGCGCCCGGGCAUCGAGCGGGCCAACACCGACUACAUCACCUUCCCUUUCUCGUCGCGCGGGUUGAGCCACGACGGCACUGGCUUGUUCCCCUCCACAAGGUCUUCCGGGGUCGCUUCUCCGAACGGAGGGAGGAAGCACAUCCACUUCAACGAGCGGGUUUCCCAGUGCAUCGCGGUCGACGUAAAAGGCGACGACGAGGAUGAUGACCUCGAUAUGGGCCGCUAUCGGGACGACAGCGACUCUGACGAAGCCAUCAUGAUGAAGCGGACACGGUCGAGGAAAAAGCGGCCGAUACUGCGGAAAACGAAGAGCCACAACCACGGUUGUGAGAGCAAAACGAUCGCCAUGCUCCCUUCGACCACGCUGAAGUAUCGAGAGGAUACUCCCGGUCCGACAGAUACGGCCCUGAAGCAUAGCGCUAGCGGCGGUCUGAGGAGCCCAAUAUUGUCGCCUUCGUCAUCUCAAGAAACCCUACGCCCGGCCAAAAAGUCAGGAAAGCUCUUCUUCGCAGGCGACGAAGAUGACGAGGACGAUGACGAUGAAGAUGACGAAAACGUAGAGAAGAUCAACAUUCGGCCUGGCACAUUUUCGGCUCUCCAAUACAACGAGGGCAUCUCCGGUUUGCGCCGGUCGGUAUCCACAACCAGCCUCACGCCCGAGCCAACUGGCAUGCAUAGGACUCCAUCCGGGAUGUUCAUGCCAACCGAGGCGCCGGUGUCCGGCCCCCCGCCGGACGAUGGCAUGAUCGGUCGAAUCAUUAACACGGUAAAUACGGCCCGGGACAUUGCCCACGUCAUCUGGAAUGUGGGGUGGAAAAAGUGAUUGUGGCGAGACCGCGUGUUGUUAACCAAAGUUGUUUUUUUCCAGGGGGGGGCUGCUUUCAAUACCAAUCGACUUCGGCGCAAUUCGAGGAGUUCUCAAGGCUUGUACGAUUAAUAAAAGGCGAAAAAGGCGUUGGGCGUUCUGGUCCUCGAGGCUGCGACACGGGGCGGCACCGUCGCCGCCACCCUUGGCUCGACGAGGCCGUCCCGUAUCGCUAUUUGCAGGUGCAGCCCGAGGCCCAGUUGCGCGGUUUAUCACGACGGGAAAACAUGCAUCGUUCGGGGUGUUUGAGC